UUUAUUUUUAGACAUUAAAAUGUCUUUUUUUUGUAUAUAUUGGCCAAUGAAAAUCUGUGGUUGUGAACCGUGAGCACUGCACAAAGAAAAUAAAAUUGAAAUAGGAGAUUGUAGUACGAUCCCAAAAAGCUAUAAAUAUAUACAAAAUCAAUCAAUUUUUCCUUCUUUUCUUUUUUUUUUCUUAUUAAAAAACCAAAAAAAAAAAGAGGAUGUUGUAUUUGACAAACGAUUUAGGGUUGCUACCCUUCUUCUUACCAUUUGGUAUCAUUGGUUUCUAUCGAUACCUUUGGUUUUUUAUCAAGGUAGCAGCAUGGUUAGUUUAUCAACCCAAACAGCCCAAGGCCAAUCCGACUUAUACAGGAGAACGAGAUGUAACGAUUAUUGUACCAACCAUUGAUGCAGGUGAAGAGUUUAAGAUUGCAGCCAAGAGUUGGUUAGCCUGCAAACCCAAAGAGAUCAUUAUUAUUACAGAGACAAAGAUGCGGGGCCCUUUACAAGACCUCGCCAACGAAGUGGAUCCAUCCAAAAUUCGUGUCUUGACCGUACCCCGAGCCAAUAAGCGACUUCAAAUGGUAGAAGGGAUCAACGCAACGAACAGUGAGAUUAUUGUGUUUGCUGAUGAUGAUGCAAUUUGGAAGCCUACCAUGUUGGAAUAUAUUCUUGCUUGUUUUGAGGAUUUAAAGAUGGGUGGUGUUGGUACCAGUCAAACUGUACACGCUGUGGAUCCCAAUGGACACCAAACAAUGUGGGAAAUUUUGGCUGGUUUUCGACUAACCAGUCGUAAUAUUGAAAUUGCUGCAUCGACUCAUAUUGACGGAGGUAUUUGUUGUCUUUCGGGCCGAACAGCAGCUUAUCGCACCUUGAUUUUAAAAGAUCCUGCUUUCCAAUACUGUUUCACCAACGAUCUUUGGUUGGGCAAAUACCCUCUCAACUCGGGCGAUGAUAAAUUUUUGACACGUUGGAUGGUCUCGCACGGUUGGAACACCUAUGCUCAAAUCUGUAAUGAAGCCGAACUUUACUCGACCUUUAAAAAUAACUGGCGAUUUGUAAAGCAGGUACUGAGAUGGACACGUAACACAUGGCGUUCUGAUUUUAGAUCGUUAUUUACCGAACGCUAUAUUUGGUCAAGGCAUCCCUUUGUAGCCUUUACCAUGGUUGAUAAAAUCUUUAAUCCAUUGACCUUGUUGGCAGGUCCCAUCUUGGUAGGUGUCUUUGCUUCUCUUCAAGAACAACGUGCAGGUCCUACAAAUCCACCUUUACCCGGCUGGAAUAUCGCGAUUUCUUACAUCAUCUGGUUGUUAUUGACACGUUUCAUCAAGUUAAUUCCUCAUUUCAUCAGAAGACCGUUAGAUAUAUGGGUGUUACCUGCCUGGUUAUUAUUUAAUUACUACUUUGCUAUCAUGAAAUUGUAUGCGUUAUUUACUUUACAUGAGGUAGGCUGGGGUACUAGAGCUGGUAUCGGAAAUGAAUUGGCGGCCGAUAUUGGUAAAGAUGAAACCCAGGAAGAAAAGGAUAUGAACACUCGACAAGAUUUCAGAGAGCCUAGUGCAGAUCACCACAUGAAGAUUGAAAUGAGUCAAAUCGCACAUCAACAACAACAACAAAGUGAGCAACGUGCAAUCCAAUCGUAUUACCUUGAGCAACCAGCCUCUACUGCUUACGAAGAUCCUUUCUUUUCAGAGGCCGAUUUAAGAAACACAACUCAUGUUACUGAAAUGGGCACAGACGGUUCGUUUGCUCCUUCUCCUCAUACUAAUCAUCAUCAAUCAUCAUACAUUUAAUAAGAAAAAAAAAUUAUACAUAAUAAAUAUUUAAAAGAAAAUUCACCCACCCCUUUUUAUAUGUACAAAUUUGAUCUCUCUCUCUCUUUCUCUCUCUCUCC